CCGCCGCCGCGAGACAGCUAGCCGCAACGAGAGUCACCAUCUUUUGGGAUCGAUGGCGGUGCUGGCGGUGACUCUCUUCUCGCUGCUUGCGUCAAACGACGUUGGGGUCAAGUUCUUGGAGGAGAACGCCAAGAAGGAGGGCGUCAUCUCGCUGCCGAGCGGGCUGCAGUACAAGGUGCUGAGGGCGGGCGACGGCGACUCUCACCCGACUGCCUCCAGUUCAUGCGAGUGCCACUACGAGGGCCGGACGGCGCAGGAGUACAGCAAAGAGCCGAAGGGCGACACCUUCGACUCGUCCUACGCUCGCGGGUCGCCCACGUCGUUCGCGCCCAACCAGGUCAUCAAGGGCUGGACGGAGGCCAUGCAGCUGAUGGUCGAAGGCGACAAGUGGGAGAUGUAUAUCCCGUCCGAGCUGGGGUACGGCGACAGCGGCAGCCCGCCGAAGAUUGGCGGCGGGGAUGUGCUGGUCUUCACGAUGGAGAUCAUCAAGAUCAAAGGCGAAAAGGUGCCGGCCUCGAAGUGCGACGUCAAGUCGCUCGACGGCUGCACGGAACAGGAGGCCAAGUACGCGAGCUCGAAGAAGAGCCUCGACGGCGACGGCAUCGCGGCAGAGAUGAAGCGGCUGCAGGGCAUUGCAGGGCAAAAGAUGGGGCCGAAGCAGGCGAGCUGGCUCGCGAAACGCCUCUCGCUCCUCACCAAGCUCAAGGACGAGCUCUGAGCUCGCACCGCUCGCCCCUGGCCUCUCCCUCAAGAGACCUGGCCUCGAGGCCGGGCGCAGGUGUGCACAAGAGGCCUCUCAAGUGAGAUGCAGAUGUGAGUCGCGCAUAGUCGUCUGGCAGUAGUUGUUGGGAGGCGUGAGAGGGCACCGCUGUUGUGAGGACUGCGGUGUUGGCACGCGUGCGUGCCACGCCCACCGCGCACGGGGGAACAACCCGCCCACAGUCGUAAAGCUAAACGAGCCGUAAACGGGCGUCCGAU